UUUUUUUAAUUCCCACAUCUACUCAUCUUGGACCCCUUUGUGUAAAGGAGCCGACCCAGCUGUCAAAAAUGAUGGCCGUUCGGAACAAGGGCCUGAAAAUGUUCACGCUUGCCUUACUUUUCAUCAUCACCAUCACGUCGUUCCUGCUCAACUACACCAACAACGUGGUGUCCACGUCUUGGGAUCCCAAGCAGAUCGCUUACCAGUUUUCGGAGCAGGUGAAAAAACUGCUGAAAUACUCCAGGAGGCCCUGCGGUUGUGACACCUGCAUUUUGGAACAGAGCUCAGCCUGGUUUGAAGAAAGGUUCAACGUAACUAUCCAACCCUUCUUAACCACUCAAAAUGCCUUCCUGCCCCAGGAGAACUACAGAUGGUGGCUGAAACUCCAGGGAGAGAGAAGUCCCAAGACAAUGAACAAAGCCCCAACAAAGGGCUUCGAAUUGGACGUCGGCAGCAAAACCACUCAUCACUUUGUCUACCCAGAGAGCUAUCGAGAACUAGGGGAGAUGGUCAACAUGAUUCUCAUCCCGUUCAAAAUCUUAGACUUGCGCUGGGUCAUCAGUGCCCUCACAAACGGCACCAUCAAUCACACAUAUAUUCCUGUUCCCCGGAAGAUCAAGGUCAACAAAGACAAG